AUGGGGGCGCUGCUGGCGCUCUGGCUCCUCCUGGGCUGGCUGCGCUGGAGCCCGGCGGGCGCCCAGCAGUCCGGAGAAUACUGCCACGGCUGGGUGGACGUGCAGGGCAACUACCACGAGGGCUUCCAGUGCCCGGAGGACUUCGACACCCCGGACGCCACCAUCUGCUGCGGCUCCUGCGCGCUGCGCUACUGCUGCGCCGCGGCCGACGCCAGGCUGGAGCAGGGAAGCUGCACCAACGACCGCGGCGAGCUGGAGCACCCGGGCAUCACCGCGCAGCCCGUCUACGUCCCCUUCCUCAUCGUUGGCUCUAUCUUCAUUGCCUUCAUCAUCCUGGGCUCUUUAGUGGCUAUUUAUUGCUGCACCUGCUUGAGACCCAAGGAGCCCUCACAGCAGCCAAUCCGCUUCUCACUCCGCAGCUAUCAGACGGAGACCCUGCCCAUGAUCUUGACUUCCACAAGCCUCAGGGCACCUUCCAGACAGUCCAGCACGGCCACCAGCUCCAGCUCCACCGGGGGCUCCAUCCGCAGAUUCUCCUUUGCCAGAGCAGAGCCGGGCUGCCUGGUGCCCUCCCCGCCUCCACCUUACACCACGGGCCACCCCAUCCACCUGACCCAGCCAUCCGGUUUCCUGGUGUCACCCCAGUACUUCGCUUACCCACUCCAGCAGGAGCCCCCGCUGCCUGCGAAGAGCUGCCCGGACUUCAGUUCCAGCUGACGGGCCACAGCGAUAAAUCCAGCCCGUCGUACAACGGCAGACAGGUGGAGUGCUGUCGCCAUUGCUGCAAGUAUUUCUGGGGAAAUUUCCCUGGGAGCCGGCGAUGUCAUGGAGGAAUGCGCUAGGAAAAUACAGCGCCUUCUUAGUCUUAAGGUUCCCAGCUCCCAUCACAGAACGGGUGCGUUAAGAGAAUUGCUUUCUGGCCUUGAAAACGUGGUGAUUAUUACAUUUCAACUUAUGCUGCUUUUAUUCAAAAUAGGCACCAGAUCAAUUUACAGUUGCAAAUUGGCUGAAAAUGUAUUAAUUAGACAACUCAGCUAUAAUGUUUAGGAAAGGCCUACAUGUUCUUUUGAGUUGUUUAGUGAGUCUUAGUACAAAUAUAUACAUAAAUAAGCAAAGUAAAAUACCUGAUAGUAAUUAUUGAAGGUUCUCUUAAAAAAAAAAAUUAACAACUAAGCAACCUGAAGGGACAGUGAGCAACCCAUUUACGAUUUUGGGAGAAACCUAACCAAGAAUAACGUUAGCAUCGCGAGAAGAGUUACUUUUUAAAUUAAUAAUUAAAUUUUGUUUAAAAUAUAAGAGCUUUUUCAGAAUACAAGAUUUCAGUAACCACAUGGAGUUUAAAAUUUUAAAUAUUUACUCAGAUAUUCAUUGUAAACAGAUCUUAUGUAAAAGCAUUUCCCGCACCCACCCGAGGGAAUAUUUAUUGCAGACUUUUUGUUCAACAGCAUUUAGUGUUUAAAUGAAAGUUGGACAGCUGAGUCUUAAAACAUUUAUUUGUAAAAUGAGUCCUGUACAAAUGUAAAGAUUUGUAAUUUAAUGUAUUUACCACAUUGACGGUACUAAUUAUUUAGUAGUCCACACUGAAAUUUUUUAUGUUAAUAAUAACUGUGGCGUUCAAAGUCCAUCUAUUGGGUUAUAAUCACCGAAUAUUACAUAUCUUACGUGCCACUCAGUUCCAUGUCUGAUGAUCACAUUUGGGCAUAUAUCCUGCUGGGUUAGAAUAAAUAAAGUACUUUAUGUUUUUGUGAACUUGAAAUUUUAGAUCAAAGUGCUUCAUUUUAUCUUCUUAAUGAUACUCUCUGCUAUUCAAUAAAAGAAGAUGUCUUCACUUACUUCAUAUUUUGAAAUUAAA